AUUUGGUAACAAAAGCCAGACUAUAAAUAUGACAUCCAAAGACUGAAAUGCACAAAUCUUACAAGCACUGUGAAGUGAAGGGGUAUUCAUUCAGCCAUUAAACGGACUCAGAGUGAUGAAGCUGAAGUUGCGGCUUUCCUUGCUGUUGUUACAUGUGAUCCAUUAUAUCCAGUCCUCCAGUCCUCCCGGACAAUGGACAGCAAAAAUACCUGCAAAGAUUCCGGCCCUGCAGGGCUCCUGUGUGGUUAUUCCCUGCACCUACACUUACCCCAGGCGCACCUCAAAGAAGAUCCUGAACAGUUGGAGGGGAUUCUGGAAGAAAGGAAAUAAGAUCAUCUCCACCAAUCUCCCCAAAUGGAAACUGCCUGGGGAGUACAAAAAACGAACCCAGUUUUUGGGAAAACUCAGAGCACGCAACUGCACCAUGCUGCUGGAUGGUGUGAGGACGACAGAUGUCGGCCCUUUCUACUUCAGGAUUGAAAUGCCGCAAUACAAAAGCUUCUCCUACAUAAACAACUCAGUGACCAUAGAUGUCAUAAGUAACCCAGUGCCUCCAACUCUGUCUGUGGAGAUGAACGAUAAAGUAACUGCCUCCUGCUUUGUGCACCACUCUUGCCCAUAUAUUCCCCCUAAAUUCUCCUGGAGCCACUCUGGAAUCGUCAUGCUACGUUCAAAGAGGCUGACUAACUGGAAGUGGAAAAUCGUGUCAACCCUGACCUUUAACCUUCUAUUCGUUGACCUCAACACGCCUUUAAACUGCACAGUGCACUACAGAGGGGGGAAGAAGGCAGAGAGCUCCACCAUUCUCACAAUAUGAUGCGAGCCCAGUGCAGGCUCUGAAUAUCAUCUUUCACUCUGAAUGGCAUACUUCAGAUCCACAUCUUUGUCUGCCUUUAUGUUGCUCAUGUGAGGUGUUGGUGCAUCUCCAGAUCUCCCCCUACUGGCAGAAUACUGGUUUUUAAUAUGUGGCCAUGAAAAAAAAACUAUUGGCACAUUUCACAACCACUGAAAUCCAAUAAUAACAACUGCAAAACGGAGCACAGGCUAUGAUGCCCACUCUAUAGUAAUACCUUUUUGCAUGGCUUAAAUAUUUCUUUGUGGUGUCUGUUUACCACUGUAUUAAAAAUACUUCAAAUGUCUUCCAACAUUAAGAUUAUAUUCAGAUUGCAAUAGAACACAAAAUUAAAAGACAAACAUAAUUUUGUUUACUUGCUUUCAAUCACAGCAAACAUUAUCUACAUCAACUUACCUUUUUUUAACAACUACACACACAGCUAUUAAAAGUAUCACCACAACCGCGCCUGCUCCAGCAGCGAUGAUAACAAUAGUCUGCAUAUCACCUGUCCAAACAGAAAUCAUAUAGGGUCAUUUUUCUGUUUCUCGAUAUACAUUUCAUGCUAACAGGCUACAGGGGGGAAAAAAACAACUUACUGUCAACAGGUAAAGAGAGCGAGAGGUUUGCAUUGCCCUGCGUGUUGUUUGCCAGACAGAGGACAAACUCAAAAGAUCCCAACUUUGCCUGCAGAGUCCCGAUGGUAACAGAGUCAUGUUUCUCUACCUUGGUGAUUGGCAGGACUCUGUCAGAAAGCACAAACUGAACCAUGCUGGGAGGCCUAGACUCCACAGUGCACACGCACUUUACCAUAUCUGCCUCUGAGGAGCAGGAAGAUGUCUUAAAGUCAGGGGCAUCUGUAAGGACAAGAAUUGUAUGAGUUGGGUAUAUAUAUAUUGCAUAUAUUUAAGAUAAAACUCUCUCCUUUAUCGUUAGAAUUCUUUGAUUGUUUACUUACAUAACACAUUGAUCAGCACAGAGCUUGAUUUGUCUUGUCCUAAUGCAUUGAUGGCAGUACAGUACAGGGCCCCUGUGUUUCUUGAAACAUUUUGCAGCGUGUAGAUAUCUCCUUCAUACACCCGGGCAGCAGUUUCAUUAUACCACACAUAACUGUCGACAGGUGGGUGAGCAUCACUGGAGCAUUUAAGCCUCACAUCUUCUCCCUCCUUUGCAUCUGACUUAUACUCAACCUUCACAUUCUUAGGGGUGUCUGCAUGGAAAAAUACAAUUAAUCAUUCAUUAUACCAUGGUGGUCUUUACAGACAUAAAAACAUGCUAGCUGCUCUGUGAGGCAUGCACAGUGGUGCUUUGAGCUAUUAAAUGCUACAUUGCAACAUGCUCUUAUUGACAGUGCUGAUGUUUAGCAGUUAUAAUGCUUAGCCUACCAUGUUCACCAUCUUAGUUUGGAGUGUUAGCAUGCUAACAUUUACUUAUUUAGUACUAAACAGAAAUAACAACCAAGGUUGAUUGGAAUACCAUUAGGUUUGCAGGUAUUUGGUCAUAAACCAAAGUACUGGAUGUACCCGAUAAUGGCGCUAAGGCAAAAGUGAGUUUAACACAAAGCCACAAAUUUUAACGUUAUGGUGGCGCUGGAAUAAAAGUCAGUAGGCUCUAUCUUCUGGGGAGCAUGUAUCUGUACAAAAUUUCAUGGCAACCCAUCCAAUAGUUGUUAAGGUAUUUCAGUCUGGACCAAAGUGGUGGACAGACAGACUGAGAGGCUGACAUUGCCAUCCAUUGAUGCAGGUCGCUGGCGCAUAGUUAAAAAAGCAAUAGAAAACUGCCAAAAUAACGUUAUGAUGCCAUUAACUAGGUUUUUGGGAGCACAUAGGAGAUAAACUAAAACAGACAGAAUUUGCUAUCCAUCACGCAGCCAGCUCAUCCAAUAAAAUGACAGUGAGAGAUGGCAUAAUGCUCUUUUCCCAGUGCAGAUGAAUAAAUGAUGGCUGUGAUCCUCUGACCAUGGCUGAACUUGA